UUUCAUAGAGUUCAAAAGGUGCGAGCCAAUUUCAGUGCCUCAGAGCGCACCAUAGUUAGCGAGUGAACACACCGAAAGCCUAGUGAUGUGCUCUUCGUGCGGUUAACACAGAACAAACGCUGAAAAUUCAUAUAAAAACUUUAUACCUAUCGAAAUAAAAGUUUUAUUUAACUAAGCAUAAUUAUUUCAUUUUCUUUCGUGAAGGAAAUUGUAAAAAUUGAAAAUAUAUUUAGAUGUCAAAAUACAAAAGAGAUACAGCUCACGAGAGAUCGCAACUAUUUAUUAAUAACAAAACGAAAACGCGAAAAUUAACUAAAAUAUAUAUGUAUGCAAAAUUAAGAAUGAAUAUGUGUGUUCCUUAUUAUUCAUUACUUUAAAUACUGGAAAGUUUAAAAGUGAAUUGGAAACAAUGCUUGUAAUUCCCUUAAACAUAGGAUUGACAGUAAAACCAGUACAAUUUGGGUAUAAAAAAUUUUCUAUACCCAGCAUGUAGAAAAAAAUCAAAUCACACUGUCAUGGACUUGUACUUUAUAGUAUACUUAUAGAUAUGUAUAUAUUAUAACCGAAUACUGCGCGCGAGCGGGGUAAACGAUCAGUAUUGAGCGACGAAAAUCAGCAAGGCAAGUGUUAAGCAAAUGUAUGUGUGUGUGGCAGAUAAGAUGGAAAAUUUGUUGUGAAAAAUACGGAAUAAUUUUUGUGUAAUAAUAAUUUUUAAGGGGAAUCGCGCCUCCAAAAAUUUCGUAUCUCUUUGAUAGGCCGUAUUUAAAAUUGUUCCAAACUAAUAUGUAAUAAAAUAGUAAAGAGUGGCAACGCGGAAAGUACUAUUAUAUGUACAUAUGGAUAUACAUAGGUAUGCAUGUAUCCUAAAACCCAAAACUAUAUACAUAUACAUAUAUGUAUGUAAGUGAUUAAGGAAAAUUGAAACACUUAAAAUACUGUCAACAAUUGCAGCAUAAAAAUUCAAAGAAAAUUUCAAAUUAUGAGAAAUCAUAUAGUAGAUAUCCAAUUAAUACAUUCUCGAGGGCAAAUGCAUUUAAGAUAGAUGAAGAAAAGGAACGGAGAAAAAUAUAUCAAAAAUAGUAAGUACCGGCCCAAAUGUCUGGAUGAAUAGUACAAAUGGAUGAAAAUGCCGCCGUCGCUGUCACAUUUGUUGUCGUCGCCGCCAUUUUAUCAUCACUUUUAUCGAGCACAAACGCAGCAGUACAAAACAUUAAGCCCAAAAAAUCAGUCAAUAAAGCAACAGCUGCUGACACAAAGGUCGAAACUAAAAGCCAUCAACAGCAAGACAAUAGAGCACCAACUAGAAUUCAAAGCCGCUCAAAUAGUCAAAAUAUACUUAUUAGAUAUUCAAAAAUAUAUAAUAGCAGUAAUAGAAAAGAAGUUACCAAGGCCAUUGACAAAAUUGGCUGUCAUUUCUGUGGUGAGCAAGAAGAAUUGCUUCCAAAAUUCUUAUUCUUCGUACAUUGCAUCAAUAAAAAUAUCAGGAGUCAAUGUGACUUAUCCAAUAUGAUGUUGAGCAGUUGAGAGAAUUGUCAGCUGUUAUACUAAAAACAACAAAGAAGUAAAAAGGAUUAUAAGAGAUAAACUAAAAAAAUUAAGCCUCAAAAAAGAAGCAGCAGAAAAACUGUUAUAAGAUUACAAAAAUCUUUUCUUUCGCGUAUCGUCGAUAUCUUCGUUAUAUUGGUCUGCUGCCAAUUGCGAUUCAGCGAUACGCCCCAUAAUCGAAAGUAUCCUUAUAGAAUGCGCAAAAUGGCGGAUGGUGGACAUACAUUCGUAAAGAAGACCUUUGGAAAGCCAACGUAUUGUCAUCAUUGUUCAGAUUUGAUUUGGGGUAUUAUUCAGAUCGGAUAUAUAUGUGAAGUGUGUAAUUUCGUCAUACACGAUCGUUGUGUUUCAAAUGUUGUUACUCCAUGCUCUGGCAUUGCUCCAUGUAUUAUAAAGAAUCCCGUCGCGCAUUGCUGGUCAGAGCCAACUCAUCAUAAAAAGAAAUUCUGUACCGUUUGCCGUAGACGAUUAGAUGAUAGUCCAGCAGUACAUUGUUUAAUUUGCGAAUAUUUCGCACACAUUGAGUGCCAAGAUUUUGCUGUGCCUGAUUGUACUGAAAAUGCGACGUAUGUGCCCGGCAAAGAAUUGCAGAGUGUGAAACAUCAGCAUCAUUGGAGGGAAGGUAAUCUACCCCCCACGUCUAAGUGCGCCUACUGUAAAAAGACAUGUUGGUCGUCCGAAUGCCUCACAGGUAAAGGCUAUCGCUGCGAAUGGUGCGGUAUGACAACGCAUGGGGGAUGCCGCACGUACCUGACAACCGAAUGUAAUUUUGGUGUACUUCAACCCAUAUAUUUACCUCCACAUUCGGUCUCGAUUCCGCGCACCGAGGUUCCCAUAGAAGCUAUUAUUGGCGUACAAGUUAAAUCGAAAACCACAUUAGUACGAGAUUACUCGUGCCCUGAUUUGGGGACAAUAGAGUGCCCAGAAAAUACUACUUCCGUAAAUUUCAUUACUCCCAAUGAAGGCUGUAUAACAGAUGCAAUCAACGAAAUAAAUAAAGUCCCCGAACCAAGCUUAAAAGAGAUUCUGUUUAUUGAAAGACAACGUCGCAAGAAAUCAAAGGAAAAUUUUCUACUAUCAUCAUCCGCAUCAUCAAUAUCCACCAGCUUCACACCAACGCCAUCUUUACCUUUACUUACACUCCCAGUAGUUGAGAAAAGUCCUACCUAUUCUGAGCUCAAAGAAGGUGAACAAUGCAAGUGCAUCAACAUACCUGUAUAUUUAAGUGACGAUAACGCUGUAAAGACUGUCAGCGGAACACCUCCAAAUCAAAAUGUGACUUGCAAUAUACAAAAGUCUUCAUCUACAUCCUCUUCCCUUCAUCUAUUAUAUACAAAUUUGUUGCGUCGCAUGCAUCCAAUCUCGCGAAAACACUUAUCAUCCAAUACAGAAGACGAGGAUAUCGAUGUUUGCGAUGUAAAUGGUAGUGAAGUGAGUGAAGAUUAUCAUAACAUUAAAGUUAAACAACUAGACUCUAGUGAUCAUAGUAUCGUAGCGAAAACUUUACGACGACAAUGUCAAAGUCUCUAUGAAACUACCGAUACGGAAGGUGUUUUAACAACUGUGGACAACAUUGGUUAUGACUCUAACAUAAAUCAGAUUAGUAAUUUAAGCUAUAAUAAAGGUAAUAUUAAAACAUCGGUAGAAAGUCAUUAUAAUUUAGAUGAAAAACUGGAAAAUGCUCAAAACGUAAUAAUAACAGCAUGUGCACUCAAAGCGUGUCAAACAAUCAACGCACCUACACUAGUUACGCAAACGCUUAUGGCUCCAAAAGAUGGCAACAGCAACGCACAUGAACAAUUUUCUAAGACUGGCGCUUUAUUAAAAGCGAAAACGUACAACCUCAGCCCGUUUAAGGGUGUCCCGAACAAAGGCGGCUCUUUGAGCUGCUCGCCUAAUUCCAGUGAUUGCUCGUCACAUUCGCCUGUGCCAGAGAAUCCUUUAAAAAUGUAUCUUUCGGCAGUGAACCGAAGUAAAUCAUUCCAAGAACCUGGAGUCAAACAGUAUACACGUAAAAAAGACUACACGCGACUCUUUCGACGUCGCUCAAAAAAACGUACUAAAGAUUCAGUGCUCAUAGGCACUAAAACAUCGAAAAGUGCCUUCAGUUUAGAUACCACAGGACAAAGUAUAGAAAUUACCAUACAAGAUGAAGAUGGUAAUUAUCAACCGUACGAUGAUGACUAUUUGACUUUAAAAGAUGUGCGCAGUGGACUUAGCCGUAGCGGCUACACCGACGAUGAUGAAGAUUAUGAGGACGGGUAUGACUUAAGACGACACGUGAAAGCAGAAUAUCAAACGCCAGCGUAUAGUAGUGAAGCCAGCAGUCCUACAAAUUUUCACAUGUAUUUAGAUGAUCAGCCGCAUAGCUUUACGAGUGAUGACGCCACAGCAGGCGAUAUAAGUGAUGGUGGUAGUAGUCGCAGUCGAUCACGCGUUAGUGACAAUGAAGAACACGUAUUCGGACGGUUGCUACGACGAAUGCAGUGCCUAUCGCUUGGGUGGCGGAAACAUCGUUACUACAAACGCAGAGCACGAAGUAUAUCUGAAGAGUUUAGUAGUGGAGACACGCCACGCUUCAAAGAUGAAGAACCGGGUAUUAAAACUGAUACAAUGCACGCUAGUGCCGUUAGUGGCGGAAGUGGUACGUCAUCACACUAUCGCCCAGAAUCCUCACACAAAUCGGAAAAAUCAGACAAAGAUAAAACCAAAAAGGAAAAAGAAAGUGAGGAAAAGGACAUUGAAAUGAUCAAAGUUUUCGACGGUAACAACUCAUUUAGACGGCAACUAUACCGGGUAAUUAGUGUACCGCGGACGUAUACCUUAGAACAAUUACUAACUACAGCAUUGCGAGCAUUUCAUAUAACUAGAGAACCCAGCGCAUUUUACAUGACUGACUUGUAUGCUGCGUCUGGUAUGGAGGAUGUUCCAUUGCAAGAUCCAACCCCCGUAAUGAACUUGACGCAUUUGGAAGGAAAGAGACCAGCAAUAUAUCUAAGGUUUCACGAUAAGGACAAAGGAUAUGUACGCGUUUAUCCGGGUAAACUGCAAUGCUCUUUAGAAGAGCCGUAUGUUAAUGUUCCUGUUGAAAAUACAACCAUUAUUAAGGAUUUGAUUCGCGAUGCUUUAGAUAGAUUUGGUUUACAAGAUAACCAAAUCCAAGAUUAUAGAUGCUCUGAGGUAUUACUAGACCGUGGGGUUACCGAAAGGAUAUUAUCAUGGAAUGAGCGGCCAUGGGAUAUAAUGAAGCAAUUGGGCAAGGAUUCCAUCAGACAAAUGGAACUAAUGCGAUUUUAUAUGCAACAUAAGCAAGAUCCGCAUGGACCAAACAUCGCGUUAUUCGUUGGAAAUUUACCACCAGGCUUAUCACAACGCAAUUACGAACAAAUUUUGAAUAAGUAUGUUACAGAUGAAAAUAAAUUUACUAGUAUUGGACCUAUCUACUAUGAAUAUGGCUCAGUGGUACUAUCAUUUGAAGACGCUCAAAAGGCGGUUCGAGCUUUCUAUAACUUACGUGAAACUAUUAUAGAAGAUAAGAAGCUUUUAGUCAUGCUCUUGCCAAAUAUAGAACCGAGCAUGGUUCCAUCAGAUGUGCGACCACUACUUGUAUUUGUUAAUGUUAAAUCAGGCGGUUGUCAAGGUCUUGAACUAAUAUCAAGUUUUAGGAAGCUUCUGAACCCAUAUCAAGUAUUCGACUUGGAUAACGGAGGGCCCUUGCCGGGAUUGUAUGUAUUUCGGCAAAUUGUUAACUACAAAAUACUGGUAUGUGGCGGUGAUGGCACCAUCGGCUGGGUAUUACAAUGCUUGGACAACGUGGGACAGGAUUCCGAAUGCUCAAGUCCACCUUGUGCUAUAGUUCCUUUGGGCACCGGAAAUGAUUUGGCCCGAGUACUUUGUUGGGGUUCUGGUUAUACAGGAGGCGAAGAUCCUCUAAAUUUACUCCGUGACGUUAUCGAAGCUGAAGAGAUACGCCUGGAUCGUUGGACGGUUGUAUUUCAUCCGGAAGACAAGCCGGAAGAGCCUGCAUUAAAGGCGCCCUCAAAUACAACGGGUAAGAAGAAGAAGGCUCACCAAGCACAUCUAUCGCAACAAACAAAUCAGCACCAUCAAUUACCGGCCAUAACAUCGACUGAAAUAUCAGGUGGUGGCGCCCAAAAUGAAGACAACUCUCAAAUAUUCGUUAUGAAUAAUUAUUUCGGCAUUGGCAUUGAUGCCGACCUUUGUCUCGAUUUUCACAAUGCACGCGAAGAAAAUCCGAACAAAUUUAAUUCUCGAUUACACAAUAAAGGUUAUUAUGUUAAGAUGGGCUUGCGAAAAAUUGUUGGUCGUAAAACCGUUAAAGAUCUUCAUAAGGAAUUAAAAUUGGAAGUUGAUGGCAAAGUAGUUGAUUUGCCACCUGUUGAGGGGAUUAUUAUAUUGAAUAUUUUGAGCUGGGGUAGCGGCGCAAACCCAUGGGGACCAGAUAAGGACGAUAACUUUUCCACACCCAACCAUUACGAUGGAGUGUUGGAGAUUGUUGGUGUUACAGGCGUUGUACACUUAGGGCAAAUACAAUCCGGUAUACGGACGGCAAUGAGAAUCGCACAGGGAGGUCAUAUAAAAAUUCAUUUAUACUCGGAUAUGCCAGUACAAGUCGAUGGAGAGCCUUGGGUGCAAAGCCCUGGCGAUGUUGUUGUUUUAAAGUCGGCUCUAAAAGCCACAAUGCUGAAAAAAAGUAGAGGUAAAAGACGCCUUACUGAGCCACAUAUUUCCCCAGCUGUACUAGCCAGUAGUUUAUCAGCAUCAGCAACGGCAUCUACUGCAGCAUCACAGGCUACCAUCCAAAUAAAUUCCUCUGGAAGCAGUGUUAGUGGACUCGGACAAGGACCAGAAAAUGGAGAUCGCGACCGCGCAACUCCAAUUGGCACAUAGAGAUCGCGCCCGUCUGAUCCAAGUUUUUUAUUCUCUUGUUUUCUUUGAUUACUAAUAUACACAGCGCUAUUUGACAACAAGAAAAAUAACAAUAAACAAAUUAACUAACCAAAACAGAAUGAAGAUAUGCAUAUUAGAAAUUUAAACAUCACUGUAACAAAUAGUUCACAGGACAAUUGUGUAUUGCGUUAUAAAAAUAAUUGCAUUUCUUAUAUAAACAAUUAAUUUAAUAAUAAAUAUUUUAUUAAUUAGACUAACGAAUUGUUUUAUAGUAAAAUUGCCCAAAAUUAAAUAAUCUAAGUAUAUAUGAUGCUUAUACAAAUAAUUAUCUGUGUACACGUGACUUGAAGUAAAUUGUUACUGCGCAAAAAUUGGUAAUAGGAUUUUGAAAUUGCAAAAUUUUUACAAACAUGCAUAUGUAUGUGAGGCAAAAACUAUAAAAUCUUUACGAGCGAGUGCAGAUUCUCAUUAUCAUUGCUUUCAGUAAUACAAUAUUUAUUUAACACACUAAAACAUGCUUUUUUCCUCUUACAUAUUAGAUUAUACAUACAUACAUAUGUACAUAAUAUUCAUGAAAGAAAAAAUAAGUUGACAAGUAUUUCAUUAGUUCAAUAUUUCUGAUCAAGAAUUGAUUUUUGUUUGCACGUACAUACUUUAUACAUCAAUUACAAUUCGAUUUAAUACAUAUAGUAGAACUUAAUAAAAAAGUACAUAUUAUCAUUUUCAAACUCAGUACUGUUAUUUUUUUAAUUUUGUAUUGUUUGCGUGUUUUAAUUUGUAUAAAAAAAAACGAAAAAAUUACCCAGAAAGUUAAGGGCAAUUCAUAAUUAAAUUAAAAGUUUGCCUAUAUUUAUUAUUUCUUUAAAAGUUGCUAUUGUAGUAGCUAAAUAUGGUUCCAUUGCACUUCCGUAUAUGUAUGUUAUAUAUUUGCAAUGCAAUCAUCUUAAAUGUAAUAUUAAAAAAACUAUAGUUUUUCAAAAUCGCCACCCACCAGCAAAUAAUAUUUACUGUUUAAAAUUUAUGAAAAGAAGUCAUUAUAUAAACUGUUUGACAUCAUUAUACAUAUAUUCAUACAUAUUGUAUUUGUAAUGUAGUAUGUUUGGUAUUAGAAUUAGAGCUGCCCUCAUUUUAUGAAAUUUAUUAAUGUAUUUGAUAGAUUUUUGUUAUCAAUAAUUAUGAUAUUUUUUGUAAAUUUUUUAUUAAUGGUCAACAAUGCCUGUUAGUUAUUAAUCAAUAGUUUUCGUAUAUGCUAUGCUCUAUCUGCUUGUUUGUGAAAUACAUCGCUUUUGGGUUUGAUAGUUGUAUUUCUUUCUAUAUAUCACAAAUGGAUUAUAAUCAAGUAUGAAUGUACUCAUAUGUAUGUAUGUAUGUAAAGGGCUUGGUUAAUAUUGUUGCUAAUUUUCGUUUAUUGACUAUCCUUUAAUAAAUUAUUUAUUUUCAAGAAAUAUUCAAAUACAUAUUUAAUAUACAAAGGCUCCUCAAAAUUGUUUAAUCACAUUUUAUAUUGUUUGUUUUUCCUUAACAAAAUCUCAAUAUAUGUUUGGAAAUUAAUCACAUAAUUGAUAUUAUAUAAAAAAAACAUUAAAAAUCUCUCGGGAAUCAAUCAAAAAUAUAAAAAAAAAAAAAACAAAAAAAUUAAAUAAAUUUAAAAUCGUUUAACAUUACCUAAUUCUUCACCGACCGCAAAAACUUCUUAUUACUUGUAAUAAAAAAUAAACCCGACGGAAUUUUAUGGAAUCACUGGGAAUUUCUAAAAUAACUGGAAUCAAUCCAUAUUAAUAUGAUUAAUAAUAACUUAUGCAUAAGGCCACGAUGUUGAAGAAAAACAAAAGUAAAAUGAAGCGACGCAACACAGAGCCUACAAUGACACUUACCGGUACAGCAACACCCCAUCUCUCACUAAUGCCAGUAACCGUAAUGGCGGCGGCCAGCGACAGUAGCACCGGCGAUACAGAUGCUGAGAAUACACCGAACAAUACCGAUUUCUGAAUAUGGUACAGUGAGCGAUUAAUUUAACGUACUAACUAAUGUGAGUUUUUUGUUUUUUUUUUUUUAAUAUUCAAAUGUGCUUGAAACAUAUACAUAUAUUAUAACUUAUUUGGGUUUCAUACAAAUAUCAAUGCAUAAUAAGGAUAAACAUUCCAAAUUUAAAUUUAUGCUCUUUGUACUUCCAUAUUAAUGUCAUUGAAAUUUUAUUUUCGUCUAUUGAAUAUAUAAAACGAAAUAGUUUUUAGCCGGAAUUAUUGAAUUAAAAAGAUAUGUACAUACUUAUAUGGAUAAAAGCUCACAUACCUCCUACGCCUUAGUUAAGUUAUAUAGUUCAUACAUACACACGUAAUCGUUUAUAAAAGAUACCUGUUGGAACCUAACCGAAAGUUACUGAAUUGUGAACCAUGCAUAUAUGUAUGUAUACACAUAUUACAACAUACAUACAUACAUACAUAUGUGGCACGGGUAUGUGCGUAAUAUAAUAUAUUUCAGCCCAUGUGGUAAAACAAAAGUAAAGUAAGCUCUCAACAUUUUUUGGAGUACAAAGUGGUUAUUUUAAAGCAUCAUAUUCAAAAUAAUAAAAAUUCCGUUAGAAAUCUUUAUAAUAUGACUAAUAGUACGUUAAAUGGGAGUCGCUCUCUGAUUUGCAAUUAUCUUACUUGCUUCGAAUAUUAUAAAGAGCCACUAGUUUUUACUACAAUAUAUUGUGUAAAUUAUUAAAAGAAAUAAGAAAAUAUUUUAUUUUUCAUUAAAAACUGAAUGCACAACAUUUAUUAUACGGAAACUCUUAUGUAAGCACAAUAUCACUGAGAAAAAAUAUAGUAAAAGUUCUUUGCACAUUAAUAUACUUAAUACUUUUUAGUUACAUUUGAAAUAUAAUUUUGGCUUAUUUUGACAUUGUUUAUAUACAUAUGUUUUUCCGCCCAGCUAAUCCAAUUUCAAAAAUUAUUUCUUAUAAUAUUAGUUUGGUUUAGUUUAUGCAAUAAAUUUACUUCAUAAGCGAUAUUUUAGAAAUUUGUAAAUAUCAAACACUAAAUUAUGUGAUUUACUCAAGUCAGACGAAUAUAACUUACAUACUUACGUAUGUACAUAUUAAAAUAGUCUCAAAUACGUGCAUUCGUAAAAACAAAGAUUAUAUGAAAUAAGGAAUGCUUUGAAUACAUACAUAUAUGCAAACUUUCAUUUUUUUGCGAUACUUAUAGACGUUGUUUGAUAUUUUCAUAUACAGAUUCAUAUUCACGUAAAAUGAAAACAACCUAGAUAAAUAAAUUCCAAAUUUUGUUGCCUGAGAGUCACGGAAAUCAGACAACAUCAUUUCAGCAUUCAUAUUCACACUCCUAAAAAAUAAUACAGAUAUGCAUAUAUAAAGUUUAUUAUUAAAAGCUACAUAAACAUUAAUGUACACUAAACAUCUAAGCAAAUGUUAAAAAUAUAUGUAGAUAUAUUGUAGUGGAUAAGCAGACAAUGUGAUAAAUCGCCUCCACCUGCUAUGAUUAGGGGCUCAGUAAAUGUGGUGUAAUCAGCCGCUCAUUAAAAUUCCGUGAACAUUGGUCACAACACACUAUAGACAAAGUCGAUAUUUCAAUAUUUCUUGCAAUUUUAACGAACAAGAGAAAAUAUAUGCAAUGGAAUUAUUUAUAUUAUUAAUAUUACGAACAACGCGCACUGAUAAAUUGGUCAAUAAGUGAAAAUUGCGAGAUAUGUUGAUAAGUGUAUUAUAACCAACAAUUCGAUUAACCGCAUUUACAAAAAAUCUGCAGCUGUUUGGCGAUUUUGAAACAAAUAUUUAAUUAAUCGAUUUGGUUUUUUAUUUAAAAAAAUGCGUAAUCUAAGUGAAAUAAAAAGAAAACUCUUCUACUUUAAGAAACUCAAGAAACAGAAAUAACUAACAGUUCAAUAAAUACUUUCAAUAUAUGCAAAUAUUUAAAGAAAUCCAAAACAUAAUUACCAACAAAAUUUGACCUACUUACUAAAAACGAAAACAUAAAAAUUAAAAAUUGGUGUAGUGUGUAGUAUUAAGACAAAUAACCAAUUAUGGUAGAACACAUUAUUAACUUAAAACCAUAAAUUGACAAAUGGAAAUCUAUUUGUAUACUCGUAUAUACAUAUGAAUGAGUAAUACAUAUAAUUUGAAAUUAAUGAAAACAUUCACGCCGUUACACAAUAAAAUGUUAUUUCCUUUUUUUAUUUCUCAAAAAGUCCUUCACAAAAAUGCAUUAUUUUAAUUAUUUUCGAAUUAACUAACUAAAAACAGCUUCGAGCUUACACGAACUUAAAAUUAUUAACUUUUCUGUUGAAUAGCCAAUAAACCGCUUGGAAUAAACGUGCAUAUGUUUAUACGUGUUAGAACGUCCAUACAUAUGUAUGUACAUAUGUAUAUACACUAUAUUUGAAAGUGUUCACUGUCAAAGAGUUCAUUGUUACAUAUGUAUGUACAUGUCUACAUGCACAAUAUGUACUAUAAAUACUAAUAGAAUGUUAAAUGACACAAAAUAAUAUGAAUGAACAAAGGUAUUUACAAUGCUGCAUACGUAUAUAUACAUAUAUUAAUGGAGAAUUACCCAACAUAUGAGAAUGUCACAAAUUAAAUGUGAAAACAUCAACUUUAUUUACCGAACCAAAAAAAACUUAUUUGAGGUACUGAAUCAUAAAACUAUCUGAUCAGUUAUUAACAAAUGUAUUAUGGAAUACAUAAACAUUUUGCUAAAGUAGAAAGUAUUUGUUUUGAUAUUGUGUCAUAAUACGAUUUAUGUAUAUGAGUUAUUGCGUCAAAAUGUUUUAAAAUUGAUCACAGACUUUUACCACAAUAAUUAAUUGCAUAAAAUGCAUAUGUAUGUACAUAUAUGAGUAUGUAUGUGAAAUACUUGAACAUGCAUACGUACAUACUUAUACAUAUAGUACAUAUUUACUUAUGUGUAAAGCAACAUUGAUGGAACUUGAAACACCAUUAAAAUACUACAUGACAUCCUAAAAGUUAUUGAAAAAUGCGAAUUUGCAAAUAGAAAAAACAUAAAAUCAUAAAACUACAAAAUAAAUGUAACUAAUGACAGAACAAAUAAAGCUUAAUGGAAUUUCA